AUGGAUUCAGGUGGUUCGAAUGACAACCAAAACAAGCUUCCUUCUUCAUCAUUGAUUGAACAGCAUGAACAGUUUGAACAACUUCCAUUACUGUCAACAAACGAAAGUGGAGCAAUUGCAGCAGUUCCCAUAUCGACUAAAUAUGCUAAUGAAUGUACCAUAACAAAAGUGGAGACUGGAAGUUCAUCUUGGAUUGAGGAAACGAAACUUCACAAGGAAUAUUAUGACGAUACUAUUUGGAAGCAAUUUCGAAAACUUCGAAAGGAUGAAAGCAGAUGGGACUAUAAAUAUGUACAUCGAAGGGAAAAUUUUUCAUGCAGAUCCUUAAAUGAUGUUAAAAGAUAUGAGGAGACAGGUAAACGUCCAAGUGAAAUCAGAAAAAUAAAAUUACUGGAAAAUGGUGCAAAAACUACUGAUGAUGUUGGGAAGAUUGAGAAAAUGUUAUUAGAGAAAAGAAAGAGAGAAGAAGAAAAAUCAUUCGUUGAAAAAUUCCUAGCAGAUGCUCACUACAAUCUACUGCAUUGGUUUGACGACAAGCAACCUGAAUCUGAAGAUGACUCUGAGGCAACUAUUUCAGACUCUCCUGAUGACAUUUGA